CAUCAAGAUUAAAGUACUGAGCAACAACAAGGGAUCAAACUAGUUACAAUUUUCCAGUAUGGGUUGGUUUAACCACCAUGGGCCAUACUGCGCAUGCCCAGUACAUCCUCAUCGGUACUUAGGGUAAUGGCUGCUGGGUGAGAUGAGCGGACGGGCCGCAUCCUUUGAGUGUGAGGCACUUCCAUCGAGAGGACCGUUAACUCGGGCAGUGCCGAGUUAAAAUGGUCGAUAUCCGACCCGAAACGCAUCCCGAAACCGUUGUACAUAUUGCAAACAUCGUCCUUCAAAUCGCACCCACUGUUAACUUCCCGUCUUAGUGGUCAGUUCUGCCUGCCGAUCAGAGGUUAAGCUGAGGCCAUGGCAGUGAAGGACCGUGUAGAGGCGGUGCUCAAUGUGGGUCUGCGUGUUCCCAGCAUUAUGCUGCUGGAUGUCUUGUACCGCUGGGAUGUCAGCUCCUUCUUCCAGAAGAUCCAGCGCUCCAGCCUCUCCAACAACCCCCUGUUCCAGUACAAAUACCUGGCGCUCUACCUGCACUACGUAGGUUACAUCCUUAGCUUGGUGCUGCUGACCCUGCCUCGUCAGCACCUGGUUAAACUGUACCUGUACGUCCUUACGGCCCUGCUGCUGUUUGCUGGUCAUCAAGUCUCAAGGGAUUAUGUCCGCAGUGAACUGGAGUCUGGCUAUGAAGGACCUGUCUACCUGGAACCCCUCUCCAUGAACCGAUUCACCACCGCACUCAUAGGUCAGCUGGUAGUGUGCACGCUAUGUUCCUGCGUGAUGCAGACCAAGAGGAUAUGGCUUUUCUCUGCUCACCUCCUCCCUCUGGUGGCCAGACUGUGUCUGGUCCCACUGGAGACCAUCGUCUUCAUCAAUAAGUUUUCCAUGAUCUUCACAGGCCUGGAGGUCAUUUACUUCCUGGCUUCUAACUUACUGGUACCAUAUAACCUGGCCAAGACUGCCUACAGGGAGCUGGCUCAGGUGGUGGAAGUGUACGGGCUGCUAGCUUUGGGUAUGUCUCUGUGGAACCAGCUGGUCCUCCCAGUUCUCUUCAUGUGUUUCUGGCUGCUACUGUUCGCUCUGCAGAUCUACUCGUACUUUAGCACCAGAGACCAGCCUACCUCAAGAGAGAGGCUCCUUUUCCUCUUUCUUACCAGUAUUGCAGAAUGUUGUAGUACACCGUACUCCCUACUGGGUUUGGUUUUUACCGUCUCUUUCAUUGCUCUGGGAGUUCUCACACUCUGCAAGUUCUACCUGCAAGGCUACAGAGCCUUUAUGAAUGACAACACCAUGCACAGAGGGAUGACAGAAGGCAUCACCCUGCUGAUCCUCGCUGUCCAGACUGGCCUCAUUGAGCUGCAGGUCAUCCACCGAGCCUUCCUCCUCUCCAUCAUCCUCUUCAUUGUUGUUGCCUCCAUUCUGCAGUCCAUGCUGGAGAUAGCAGACCCCAUAGUCCUGGCCCUGGGAGCAUCCAGAGACAAGAGUUUGUGGAAGCACUUCCGAGCAGUGUCUCUGUGUUUGUUCCUGCUGAUCUUUCCAGCCUACAUGGCCUAUAUGAUCUGUCAGUUCUUCCACAUGGACUUCUGGCUUCUCAUCAUCAUCUCCUCCUCCAUCCUCACCUCACUGCAGGUCCUCGGCACUCUGCUGAUCUACGUUCUCUUCAUGGUCGAGGAGUUUCGUAAGGCUCCAGUGGAGAACAUGGAUGAAGUUAUCUACUGUGUCAAUGGCACCUACCGACUACUGGAGUUCCUGGUUGCAGUGUGUGUGGUGUGCUACGGCGUGUCAGAGACGGUGUUCGGGGAGUGGAGUGUUAUGGGCAGCACCAUCAUCCUGGUCCACUCGUACUACAACGUCUGGCUCAGAGCCCAGCUUGGCUGGCAAAGCUUCCUGCUCAGGAGAGACGCUGUAAACAAGAUCAAAAGCCUCCCCACAGCGAGCAACACACAGCUGGAGCAGUACAAUGACAUCUGCGCUAUCUGCUACCAGGACAUGACCAGUGCUGUGAUCACUCCAUGCAGUCAUUUCUUCCACGCUGGCUGUCUGAAGAAAUGGCUUUAUGUCCAGGAGACAUGCCCUCUUUGUCACUCACAACUUAAGAGCCAAUCACCAGCUAACACUGUCCCCAACCAAGACACUCCUGCAGCCAAUCAGAGCCCUGCAGGCCAGGAAGAAGCACCAGCCAACAAGAAGCAAAAAGAAGAGGGCGUUCUUCCUGACGACAGGAAGGAGGAGGGAACAGGAACGCAGGAGGGAGAUAAUGGACCUGCCAUGUCAGCUGGAGAAUCUUCCUCCUCCUCCUGUACUCCGCAGCACCUUGACAAGGCUCCCUCAUCGUCUUCUUCUCCUUCUUCCCCACUUGUGACUGAGUCUCCGCAGAACCAGUCGCCCUCAGAUCCAACGUCUUUGUCUUCUCCCUCUUCCUCUGACACAUUGGACAUGCUCCCCUCUCCUCCAUCUCCCUCCAUAUCUCAGCACUCAACCUCACAGCUACUGGCCCAGUCAGACACGACACCUGCUGAACCUGAGCCUGAGCCCACGCCUCAGCAAAACCCAGACUCCCCACCGGACAGCAAGGGGUCAUCAACUGGUCCAUCAUCACAGCCGGACCAGACCUCUCCAUCUUCGGAGGAACAGUCUCCUCCUCCAUGAGUUGAGCCCCAUCGUAACACACACAACGUACAUGCAUGCACAUAUAAAAACACAAUCUAAAUACUCCAUCUGCCAAUUAUCUGCCUAUAUUCUACUUGUCCAGGGGUUUUGCUGUCUCAUCAUUACAGAAAUUCAACCCCCAACCCCAUUCUGAGAGAAAAACAAACAGAUAUUCAUCUCUUUGCAUUAAAAAAAAAUUGCUAAAUAUUGCCAAUUUUUUAGGGAAUUGUCCUGGAAAAGCUUAUCUAAAUGUGUUCCCAUGACAACAUUUAUGCCACUAAUGAUUUUAUCAGGGUAGGCAUAUUUUUUUUAAUUUUAAUUUAGUUCAAACUUUACAACCACAUAUGAUAUCCAGGGAUGUGAUAAGAAAACGCAAAAGGGAAAGCAGUAAUCUCAUCUCAGAAAUAAUUGGGAGUUCAACAUCAAGUCCAAGAAAUGUGAAAUCCUGGAAGAAACUGAAGUACGGCAUCACUCAUUACUGCUGUUUCCUGGACACAUAAUGACAUUUGUGAAAUAAUGCUUAUGUCCUUCUCAUUUCAAUCCCAGACAUUUCAUGUGAUGGUUGCUCCCAUCCUGCCUUUGUUUGUGCAGCUUCACUCUCAUCACUGUACAUUUCAUAGUGUUUGGGUUUUCUCUGUUGUCCCGUGUGUGCCAUGAUUUAACGAGGAAUGGGUGGGGUGUUUAGGGAGCCUUUAUAGACUGUUGAUCACUGAGGGUUGCAUUUUAGAUCAGUGACAAAGUCUUAACAUUUCAAUAAGUCUACAAAGAUCUCCACCAGUUCUUGAUAAAGAUUCUUGUUUUCACUUUUGGAUGACAGUAGUUAGGCAUAUUUGUGAGUACUACGCAUUAACAGAGACUGAAUGUUGUUUCUCGAGGCCAUCACAUGACCUAAAGCCUGGCGCUAAGCAGAGGAUACAUGGUGUGGUCGUAGUCGAGUGUUGCAGUGAAGCUGUCUCUAUUACACUGCUUCAAUAUCUGAAUCAAAGUUGUUUGGCUGGUCCCAGCAAAAAAACAGUUCACUCCUCAUCGCCAAACUUUUGUAUCACUGUUAAAUAAAUGUUAUUUUUAAGAUCAUUUUUACAUUACUGCUUUAUUGGACAACAUGCAAAUGGGCUGAAAACGAGGUGUAGAAAGAGAGAGGGAGUGGGUGACAUGCAACAGAGGCCACAGUUGCAUUUGCAGUCGUAUUUUGAUCCUUCAGCGUUGUCAGAAUGUGGAGUGUAACAGAGGUGGCAAGGAGCUCAGUUGGUUUUACUUCAUUCAUGGUACUCAUCCUCCUGAGCUCAGCUGACUCGUAAAUACAUUCAACCAAUCCAUCCCAAGUUCGCCAUCGAUCCAGGGAUCGUUGAAGCUCUUCCAUGGCAGUAGCCAAUCACUCUGCUCCAUCCAACUCCUUCUUAAACCGGUCACAUCAAAGUGUUUUCAAAGACGAUCAUUAUCCUCCUGCUGCUCAAUCACUUCACUCCAUGAAAUGUUACUACCAGCAAAUUGAGCCAUUUGAUAGGAAAGCAUCUUUUUUUUUUUUUGUUGUCCCCCCCCCACGCAUGCUAGCACACACACACACACACACACACAAACAUACACACACACACCCAGAAGAUGGGGCAGAACGGGGAGGAAGAAGUGUGUGUGCGGAGAAGUCUGAGUGUUUGAAAGACUUCCAAACUUGAUAAUGCUGAUGCACGCUUAUACGUACAGCUUGCACGCUGCCACUGUUACCAUAGCAUCUAUUUGUUUGUCCCCAGUGUGCUCUAACCUUGCGACCAACUAUGUUUUUUCUGCCAUUUUUUAAAUUUUAUUUUAAUUUUAUUUUUUGGGUUGCAUUUGCACUAAUGUCAUUUAUACUAGCAACGCUCCAAAGCUGUUCUGUGGCUGUCGGCAACCAAAUACCCUCUGAUGUGUUUGUGUACGAGGAAACAGCCCAAUCUGUUUAUGUGUAAUGUAUAUAAAUGUUGCUCUGUAUGGCAUCUAUAUUAAACCAGAGGAGUGUUGAUAUAUAAAUAAGAUCAGGGCUUUGAUUUCUCCAAAGCUUCCUAGUGGGUCAGUGUCCUUUGUUACAUUACAUGCCUGUGAACAAAGACAAAGUUUUGGCUAAGAAGCUUUUUGGGGAAACCAAGCCGUCUGAUCUGUGAGACCAGCCAGUGUUACUGCGUCUCCACUCUGUAUGACGCGUCCUCAAGCUGGUGUGAUCACUCCAGUGCCCUCUACUGUUAGGAGUGGGAUCAGCAUGACGCAGACGGACAGGAGAUGCACUAGUUAACUCUCAACAGUAUUACUUACUACCACUAUUACUUAAGGUCUUAUUACGAUGAAUGACUUUAUUCUCGACAUUGGAAAGCGUUGGCUGCAGGGCUGAGAAUGAAUACAUGAUCAAUGUAGGAUCACACCUGGCCAAACGCUGUUUAACUGUGUUUUUUUUUUUCUGUUUGUUUUUUUUUUUUUUUAAAGAGAUGAAAUGUAGAGUUUGAUGUAUUUUGCACAUGUUCUUCAGAAAGGUGAACAUAUAUUCUUGAAUGACUUCUCAUUUUAUUAUCAGCUCCAUUCUGUCGACAUCGAUUUCAAACGAAGCACUUGAAAUGGUUACAAAGAUUCAAUCAGUUUCAUACACACAUUUGGUUUUCAUCGUGGAGCACUUGAGUUGUGUCAUUGCAAGAGAGAGAUCACCUGCAAGAUAAAAAAAAAAAAAAAAAAGUCAAAUGCCACCACAGGGUGAUGACAGUCAUUUGCAACUGUAUGUGAAUUUGCAUUGCAGUAUUAAACAAUAAAUAACUGGCAGAGAUGCCCGUCAGCUAUUGAUUCCAGAUGUAUUUGCUCAGUUUAUACUCCAUGUUGGAGAAAUUGCAGGUGUUGCAGUCACUCUCCAGGCUAUGAACUGUGACAAGUAUUUUCAUACUGUCUGGGACAGUUUAACAUCAAAUGUGUUAAGGUAUUCUAUGCUCAUAUACUUAAUAUUCUGACUACAUAACCUAUCAAUCUGAUAAUUAAAAAAAAGGUUUAGGGACAUUCAGUAUUUUCAACGUUUAAAUGCAUUAUUUGCAUUCAAGUACAUCUCUGAGAUUUCAGCUGUGGGAUUGACUACAUGUAAAAUCGGUGACAGGUUAGGCUAUUUGUCUGUGAGCUAAUGUGCCAACCAAAUGCAUAAAUCCUUAUUGUUGCUCCUUUUGCCAUCAAUCCAUGCACUGCAUCUCAAUUAACAUCAGUUAUUUUUUUAUUAUUGCUCUCGAUUGACUUGCUUCUGAAUUAACGCCACAGAAACAAGCCACUGUGCUCUCAAUGUUGUGUGUGCAUUUUCUUAUACAUUAUAUUUUAAUUCAAAAUGGUCUUCAAAAAACCAGGAGAAAUAUGGAUACCUAUUGCCUGUAUAUUAGCUGUCCCUGAAAUCAAUCUCACAUCUGAAAUCCAGAUGUUACAGUGCAAGACACUCCUUUCUGACACUCAAUUUAUCAGAAUACUUUGCAAAAUCAUGAUUCUAUAAUGUUGAAAAUGUAAAGCAAAUAUGGGAAUGGAAUCUAAAGCUGACACAGUGCAUUCAGGCCACAUAUUUAUUUUCUGGAUGCAUUUUUAAUGAGCAUUUUUGUAAAAGAACAGUUAGCACUGCUGUCUAAAACCGUUGCCUCCGACUUGACAGAUGUGUUGAGAUUUACCUCAGAAAGCCUGAUCAUUUUGUUUCUCUUAUCAAUUAUCUUUUUCUUUUGUCUCAUUAGUUUUUUUUUUUCCACACACAAAGUUAGGACCUGAUCUGUAAAAACCUGACUCUGAAUGCCAGUUGUGUUCUGUUAAAAUGCUCCACGGUUUUGGACUUUACGCCUGGCAUUGCCUUGGUUAUUUUACAAAAAUUGAAUGUCAGAAAUAAAAUGAACCAUCCACUCUGGA